AUGCUCGCAGUGAUAGCAUCGCUUUCUGUGAUUAGAUUGAUCACCAUCGUUCGGGCAGCCCCAUCAGUUCAACAGCAAAUGGCUGUGAAGGGAUUUUGGAUCUCAGCUGAUCUGCUAAAUAUUGAAUGGGAAGCAAACUGUUUAAGCAUUGCUUACUGUAUUGAACCAGAAUUGAAGAUGACCAAAAUGUCUAAUAGAGCUUUUGUAAGUCACUGGAUAGAAGGAUCAGCUGAGGAUAUGGAAAUUAUUAUCGAAGUUAUUGGAAUUGAUCCCAAAUAUCGAUUCCAACGAAGUUGUGAUCAAACUUUUGCAACAAAAGCCUUUGCUCAUGAAAAAACGAAUUCAAAAACUGAUAUCAUCAGUGGUUUGGGCAAGAUGAUUGUGGAACUAACAGGUCGUUGUUUUGUCGCUUCCUUGGCUGUACAGAAGUACAAUAAACACUGCCCAUGGUGUGAAAAUAUUGAACAAACUAAUAUAAGUGCUAUUGAGAAUAAUGGAAGUUUACUCCGAAGUAUGCAUAAGAAUGAAUUUGAUGCAGCAAGCAAUACGAAUAUGAAUAAUGUGUUAGGGGAAUUUGGUAUGAAUGAAAGAAAUGGUGCAAUUUGGAUAAGUGAUAAUGAUAUGUUACCAGAAAAUAAUAUGAAUUCCAGUGGUUAUGCUUUUGUUGGCGAUGUCUAA